UUGCGGCGGCAGGCCGGCAGCUUCUUCUCUUCCACUCGCUGACCCGCGGCCGGUUCCUCUUCACCACGUCCAUUCUUUCCAUUCCUCUUGGCAUUGGCAACAAGCAACGUUCGAUUGCCAGCCGGCACAGGGUUCAGCCAUGGAUGCCGCUGCUUUCCUCUACUCCUCCCGUCUUCCAAUUCCAAUUUGGCUCGCCAUCUCCGUCCUCGUGGCGUUCCUCCUCCCUGUCGUGCUCACCCAGGACCCCAACCUCUGCGCGACCAAGGCGAACGGCAGGUACGCCUGCCCCUCCUGCUCCACCUCCACCUCCAGCCGCGGCGCCGCCUUCGAGGCCAACCUGCUCCGCCUCCGGGACUCCCUCCGGGACAUGGCCGCCGCCAACGCCAGCUUCCUCAACGCCACCUUCGGCGCGGGAGGGGACGGCGGGGACACGGUGUACGGCCUCGCCACGUGCCUCGCGGACGUCGAGAUGCCGUCCUGCGCCGCCUGCCUGGCGGGCGCGGCCGCCGAGGUGGCGGGGACGCGAUGCGGGAGCCGCAGGGACAUGGUGCUCUGGUACCCGCAAUGCCUCGUGCGCUACGACAACACUAGCUUCUUCGGCGCCGCGGACACGUCAGCCGACCGCCGCCUCAGCGUGCCCAACCCGAACAACUUCUCCGACCCGGCGGCCCUCGGCGAGGCGCGCGAGAGGCUGGGCGGCCGGAUGCUCGCCGCGGCGGCGGGAUCGCCGGUCCGGCUCGCGUUCGGCGACGAGCGGGUCACCGCCAACACGACGCUUCACGGGCUGGCGCAGUGCACGGUGGACCUGACCGCCGAGGAGUGCACCCGCUGCCUGGCGACGCACAUGGUCUGGCUUGGCGUCUGCUGCGCGGACAUGGACGGCGUCCGGCUCAUCGGGCCCAGCUGCUACCUGCGCUACGAACUCUUUGCGUUCGAGCCCGCCACGACGCCGUCCAUGGCGCCGCUCGCCGAACCGCCGCCGCCAUCUGCACCAGGAGCUCCUUCUGGGACUGGGACUGGGAGCUCCUCAUCCUCGAAGAAAAAGACCAGGAGCUACGUACUAGCAGGAGCAUUGGGUGGAGUGCUGGUUCUUCUUCUCGGGGCUUGCCUAAUAACAACAUGGUGGUACAAGAAGAAGAAGGGAUCGUCAGGCAGGAAGAGGAUGGAGUCGCUUCUGCAGCAGCACCAGCAGUAUCCGCGGAGGUACAGCUACGCGCAGCUGAAGCGGAUGACCGGAUCCUUCGCGCACAAGCUGGGCCAGGGCGGCAAUGGCGAGGUGUACAAGGGAAGCCUACCCGACGGGCGCGAGGUGGCGGUGAAGAUGCUCAAGGAGGCCAAGGUGGACGGCGAGGAAUUCAUUAACGAGGUGGCCAGCAUCAGUCGGACCUCGCAUGUGAACGUGGUCACGCUACUGGGCUUCUGCCUGGAAGGAUCGGGGCCCAGAUCCAAGAGGGGCCUUGUCUACGAGUACAUGCCCAACGGCUCGCUGGAGAGGUACACCGCCGGCGGCGACCUCGGGUGGGAGCAGCUGCUAGGCAUCGCCGUGGGCAUCGCGCGGGGGCUCGAGUACCUCCACCGCGGGUGCAACGCCCACAUCGUGCACUUCGACAUCAAGCCCCACAACAUCCUCCUGGACGCGGAGCUCCGCCCCAAGAUCUCCGACUUCGGGCUGGCCAAGCUGCGGCCCCAGAGGGACAGCACCAUCCCCGUGUCCAUCGCCGGGGCCAGGGGCACCGUCGGCUACAUCGCGCCGGAGGUGUUCGCCAGGCAGGUCGGGUUGGGGGCGGUCACCAGCAAGUCCGACGUCUACAGCUAUGGCAUGAUGGUGCUGGAGAUGGUCGGUGCAAGGAGGACCACCGUCAACAAUGGUGUGGGUUCGGUAACCACCGGGGCGAGCAGCGGCAGCAGCAGCUACUUCCCGGAGUGCCUGUACCAAGAUCUGGACGGGUUCUGCGCGAGCGCCUGUGGGCCUGACGAGAAGGUGGGCACUGCGGAGGUGGUGAGGAAGAUGGUGAUCGUCGGCGUCUGGUGCAUCCGGAUGUCUCCUUCCGAUCGCCCAUCCAUGAGCAGGGUCGUCGAGAUGUUGGAGAAGACCACGCCGGAGCUAGAACUGCCGCCAGAGGCAGGGGCAGCAGAGGCAGCAGGCAGCACAGGAGCAGCAGCCUCUUCUUGACUCUUCUUCGUGGAGAACGUGUGGCCCGACAAGCGCAUAAGGCGGCCCACUUGACUUGGUCUGGCCCAUGCGCGCCUCGUAGGCCAGCCACAAUUGAUGAUCUCCCUCUCUUGCGCGCAUCUUUUUUUUUUUUUUUGACUGGAACCGCGUCGCUGUCCUGUCAAAAUAUUGUGCCACGUCAUGCUGAUGUCACUUAUAAAUUAUGAGCCGUACGAUAUCAAAAUAUUGUGCCACGUCAAUCUGAUGUCACUACCUUGUUAGA